AUGACGCGGGCCAUCCGCUUCUUGAUCUUGUGGCUCAGCCUGGCUGGUGGCCUGGCGCAGAGUGACACCAGCCCUGACGCAGAGGAGUCCUAUUCAGACUGGGGCCUUCGGCACAUCCGGGGCAGCUUCGAAUCUGUCAACAGCUACUUCGAUUCCUUUCUGGAGCUGCUGGGAGGGAAAAAUGGCGUCUGUCAGUACAGGUGCCGAUACGGAAAGACACCAAUGCCCAGACCUGGCUACAAGCCUCAGGAGCCCAAUGGCUGCAGCUCCUAUUUCCUGGGUCUCAAGGUACCAGAAAGAAUGGACUUGGGCAUUCCAGCAAUGACCAAGUGCUGCAACCAGCUGGACAUCUGUUACGACACUUGUGGUGCCAACAAGUAUCGCUGUGAUGCAAAAUUCCGAUGGUGUCUCCACUCUAUCUGCUCUGACCUUAAACGGAGUUUGGGCUUUGUCUCCAAUGUGGAAGCCUGUGAUUCCCUGGCUGAUACUGUGUUCAACACUGUAUGGACUUUGGGCUGCCGGCCCUUUAUGAACAGUCAGCGGGCAGCUUGCAUCUGUACAGAAGAGGAGAAAGAAGAGUUGUGA